CUGACGGCGUACUUAAGCAAGUACUUUUGGAUAUUAACAAAUAAUUCAUAAUAAGGGGUAUAAUACAGAUUAAAUAUAUCAUAGAAGACUAUGUUUGACCUCUCUAGUCUCAAUCAAGGAUGGUUUUUCACAUUACUUUCUACAUGCUUAUGCGUGUUGGGUUGCUUCAUUAUUUAUGUCGAUGACUUGUACCAUUUUCUAUUACCAAGCUUUGUUACCAAGAGAUAUACUUUUGUAUUGCGGGAUAACUAUGCGUUCAUGAAUGCUGCGCUUUCCUUCAGUUCCGGGUGCUUACUUUUUACAGCCCUCUACCGUUUACUUCCUGAGGGCGAAUCAUAUUUAGAAAAGUCCAACCCUGAAGUUGGAGAUUUCAAGAGAUCACCCCAACGUCUAAUGCUUUAUUUAUUUAUAUCGUAUACUCUCGGUAUGGCUAUUUGCGGGACAAUGAAUGUUAUGCUACACUUGUUAACUAGUGAAUCUGUGGUUCAUUGCAGUCAUAGUGGUGGUCAUGGCUCCGAUGAUCUGUUAAAGGAUAUUCACGAUCAUGCUCACGAUCAUGAACAUACCCAUCAUGGCAAUCAUACGCAGCAUAGUCAUGUAGACCGUGGAGAAGCUGCUCAUCGCCAUGAUGGUCAUGUCCAAAAUGAAGCAAUCACUCACUCACAUUCCCAUUCCCAUGGACAUCAACACAGUUCAUCACUGGAGUUUACAACAUCGUCGGGAAAGAUUGCUGUGGAUGAUAUUGAUAUAUACCAACCUUCAAUUCAUUCUCAGCCUGAUGAAGUAACUCCAUUAAUCCCAACGCUUAAGAAAUCUAAAUCACUUCUUCAUUAUUUUAGUGCUAAGGAUGAAGUUGGUGAAUGCAAAGGUUAUACAUCUCCCGAUGUUUAUCUUUUUACGAAUUCAAAAGUAGAUGAUGGAUCUAUUCAAUCAUGUCCUAUAGAUAUGAAUCUUAUCAAUAUCAAUUCAACGAUCUCCACCCUGAUUUUUCCUUCUCAUACUGAAGCUGAAGAUUUGGAGAGACAUGCACAUCAUACUGAUGACCAUCAUCAUCAUGUUUCCACCCCCAUUUCUCACCUCCUCUUGAUAGGAAUUGAGACUACUCUUGCCAUUACUCUUCAUAAAUUACCUGAAGGAUUUAUAACUUAUAUCACUUCAGAGACUAACAAAACUUUGGGAGUUCAAAUAUUUCUUAGUUUAAUGUUGCAUAAUUUCACUGAAGGGUUCCUGAUGUGCUUACCCUUAUAUUACCUGAUGGCAGUAUCUUCUCCAAAUUACGCAAAACUCAAAGCAGUUGCAAUCAGUGCAACUUUGGGUGGUCUUUCUCAACCAUUGGGGGCCUUGGUGGGUUACGUAUUUUUAUCCUACAAUAAGAAAGAAGAUAUUGAUCUAUUACAAUUGAACUUUAUUUUUGGUAUUACAAUGGCAGUUACAAGUGGAUUUCUUACAGUAGUUGGAUUAUCAAUGUUCAGUUCGGCAAUUGCAUUUAACCGAGGUUCACUGAACUUUGUGAUGUCUUGGUGUUUAGUAGGAAUGUGUUUAAUCGGCUUCUCUGGGGUUUUGACUGCCAAAUUACAAUAAUAGAGUAUAUAGAUUUUUAACACAUAUCAAUACAAAGAAGAGAUUUU